AUGGCUUCUCACCCCCAAACUGAGGCGGUCCAGCCAGCGAACGUCGGCUCGGGCCCCCAGCAUCUGCACGCCGCCUGCAACAACUGCAAGGGGCGCAAGAUCCGAUGUUCAGAGGAUCCUCUCAUUGGGUCUGGCCAUGAUGGUGGGAGCAUCACCAACAUCAACACAAAUACAAGUUCGAACAGCCAAGGCUCGCCGGUCAUCAUCACACAAGGACAGCCCCAUACGACGCAGACACGAGCACGAGCUCUCUGUCCCGGUCCACUCGCGGUCAAGCGAUAUCGCGAGCUACACUCGGGCAUGGGCAUCUGUCAGGCAAGCACCGGGGCCUGCCAGUUCUACGGGCCUGCGUCCAACGUUGCAUUCCUACAGUCCUUCUACCAGCGCAUCCAUCAUAAUGCGGACAGCUCCAAUUCUCAAGAGUCGCCGUCUGCGACGCACAUCUGGGGCUUGGACAAGUGGAUAUUCUCGCCUGAGCCGGGCCAGCUCCGCGACGAGGCCCAUGCCCUGCGCGCCUUCUUGCCCAGAGACAUGGGUGACUGCUUCAUCAUUACUUACUUCAAGGUCUGCCACCCGCAGUUCCCCUUCCUGGUGCGCUCGGAGAUCGAGCGGGCGUGGGCUAACCUGUGGGAACCGCCCCAACUGCCCGGGGCGUCCGCACAGGUCUCCAAGGGCAACAGGCUCACCGAAAGGAAUAUUGUGCUGAUGGUGCUUGCCAUCGGGGCCAUCAUGGCCAGCCUGUCGCCCGAAAAGGACGCCAAGGUCAUGGAGAGAUGGGCCUGCCACUUGUCGUCGCAGGUACAGUUGUGCAGUUACUCCUUCGAGGACACCUCGCUCGGCGGCGUGCACCUGCUGCUGCUCAAGUCCAUCUUUGGCAUCCAACUAAUGCGCCCCAAUGAUACACACGUGUACGCCAGCCACGCGGCCAUCAACGCAUUGGCGCUCGGCAUGAACCGCGCCCAGGUGGCCAACGGCCCGCGGCCCGAGAUGCACCGUCUACGCGUCACCUUUUACAGCCUCUACGCCAACGAGCGCCUCGCCACCCUUGUUUUCGGCCGGCCCUCAUGUCUCCGGGACGAGCUUAUCGACGUCGCUCUCCCCGAGGAUCUGCCAGCCUCUGAGCCCGACGAGAACACCAACCUGGCCUACGUGCGUGCCAUGGCGGCUCUGGCAAAGACAGCCGACCGCAUCAGCACAGGCAUUUACUGUGCAAUCGGCGCCGAUGCAGCCACCAUCGACCGCACAGCCCACGAGUGUGACGCAGAGCUGGACGAGGCGAUUCGGUCACUGCCUCCUUUCCUACACUUCUUCGACACAAGCAUGCUGGCGAGCCGGCACUCCUGGCAGGAGAUCCAACGAACGCACCUGGGGCUGACGUACUACCAUUGCCGGAUCCUGAUCUACCGGCCGCUGGCGUGCUUCGCGAGCAUGCACAGCACCAACGCCGAGGCAGCGGCCGAGGCUGCAGAGCUGGGAAUAAGCGACCUGCAAGGCAGCAUCGCACGGGCGAUGGCCGCGUCGGAGGCGCUGAUCGGGCUGGCGCUGGACGCGUUCACAGUACGCGUUCCGGAUAUGCACCAGGACGCAGGCGUGGCGUACACCGUCAUGGGCGCGUGCUUGACUCUUCUCUACCGCGUGCUGGAUGGCCCGGGGCGCACGUCCAGCGCCGACGCCACGACGAUCUUCAACCUCGUCCAGGAUGGCAUCCGUUGCCUUGACCUCAUGGCCCAUCCGGGCCCGCGUUUCGGCAAGAUGACACUCAGUGAGCGCAUCAUGAGCGCGGCCAAGGACGCUUUCCGAUCCGCGCGGGAGGAUGGCGGCGGCGAGGCUCCUAGGUCGCAGCCUUCUGGCGAAGGACUGGGCGGCGACGGUGACGUGGAUAGCGCUGGGCCCGCUCCCGAGCUGGACCUGCAGGGCACGCAGGACAGUCUCGACGCCCUGCUAACGCAGUUCCCCUGGCUAGAGACCGCACCAUCAGCCCAGACACCGGACGAUAUGUCUCCCGCCUUUCCGACCAGGACAGACGGCGUGCCUGCCUCGGCCGAUGCGAUGAGCGCGCAGAACGCCUUCCCCACGCUGUUCAGGACUGCUGCUCCAUUUGGCAGGGCAUUGCCCACCUCGUUGUACGGAUUUGGCUCCCGUCCCUGGCCUGGCGUCAUGGGUGGGGAUCUCGAUAGCGGCCACGAGAACAGUGUGAACGGAAUCUCGUGGGACUUGGUGUGA